AUGAAAAAUAUUGGAAUGGUAUUUCAACUCCCUAAGUAUUGGCAAAUACUUAGCGAUUUCGAUAAGUAUCAAUACAACUGCUUACGUGCAAAUUUGAGCGCUAAUUAUUCAAAGAAUCAGCGUAACAAAAGAAUCGAAAACUUCACAGAGAUUCUGGAGAUCAUUAGGAGAUUUUGCGUACGUGGUGAUGGUGAUGAUUGGAGAAGAUUCCUGGUAUGCGGAUAUUGCUGCUUUCCAGAUGGGAUUGCAAUUAAUACGAGGCAAUUAAAGUUAUUGAUCUUCAAAUGCAAGUCUUCUAUCAAUGGAUCACUUCAUAAAAUGGGAUUAUCUUCAAAUAUUGCUAAAAACGAAGCUACAAAUAGUCUCAUUAUGGCAAUUCCGAUCCUCAGAGACAAUAUAAAUGAGAUGCGUCAAUGGACAGUUAGAAAGUUCAUUAAGAUAUCUGAUAUUAAUAAUGAGGAUAUUUUGGCAGAACCUCAAAAUGAUUAUUCGGAAAGUGGUGAAUCUCAAAAAUCCGAAGGAGAAGAAGAUCAUUCUCAAAGCAGUAAUGUUAACAACGCAAUACCAUCUAUUCAAAAUUCUGAUUCUUCAUCAAUUGAAGAAUAUUCAGCAGGUAGUCCAACUAUUUUUGAUUUUUAUCAACAAGAAAUCUUUUCUGAGCUUGAUUUUACUUAA